AUUCUGUGAUAUUUUUUGUUUGUUGGAAUCAUCAAGAACAUUUAAAUCAAUCAUGUAUCGUGAUUUUUAUCGACAAUAUAUGCAACAAUAUAGAAAAAUUAUUUCUAUUAUACUUGAUAAUUGGCCAUUACGUAAACAACUUGGAUUCUAUUCAUAUUUGCCGAUAUUUUUUGCUAUCGGUGCAUGGACUGAAUUCUCAAUGAUUCAUAUGCGUAUAAAUGGAAUUGAUUUCUAUUCGGUUUAUAAACGAAAAGAACAGGAACGUUUACUAGAAGAACGUAAGAGAAUCGAACAAAUGUUGGAAACAAAACGAGUACAAUUGGAACAACAAUCAUCAUCAACAACAACGACAACGACGACGACGUCAAACAUCACAAAUCAAUCCUGAUGAAAAAAAUCAAACAAUCGAUCGUCGGUGUGAAACAAACAAAAAAUUGUCAAACAGAAAUUGAAUGAUUUAUUAUAAUAUCAAUAUAUGAUGAGGAAAAAAAAGAAACAAAUCACAUUUGUCCUUCAACGACAAUAUCUAUGUA